AUGGUGCGCGGCUUCCGACGGCCGCCCGCCCGGCCCCGGACAGCAAGCCCUCCUUGUUCGGGGCCUCGGCGGGCCUUGGGGGCCGUGUUGAUCUUGGAGGACUCACAGGGCUCCGGUCGAGGUCUUCCACGGCUGCCUGGUGGAAAUUCUCGUAUGGUCCAUUACUCUGUGGCCUCCACGGAUCAGUACCUGUCCCUCCUGAUCCUUAGUACGGACACAUCCCCAAAACGCACCUACACAGGGUCUGGCCCACCACCAGCAGUCAGCAGUAACGAUGGCCUAAAUAAGACCUCCAGUAGAAGAGGAGAAGAGAAGGAGGAGGCACCUUCCACAAGGGCGAAGGGGCGGGGGCUUCGCUUCAGCCUCUGUGGAGUCUCCACCCUGGUCAGGUCCCCCUGCCAGCACGGAGGCACCUGCGUGGAUGAUGAGGGCCGGGCCUCCCAUGCCUCCUGCCUGUGCCCCCCUGGCUUCUCAGGCAAUUUCUGCGAGAUCGUGGCCAACAGCUGCACCCCCAACCCGUGCGAGAACCAAGGCAUCUGCACCGACAUCGGGGGCGACUUCCGCUGCCGCUGCCCCGCCGGCUUCAUGGACAAGACGUGCAGCCGCCCCGUGGGCAACUGCGGCACCGACCCGUGCCUCAACGGGGGCACCUGCCUGCAGCACACCCAGGUGAGGUACGAGUGUCUGUGCAAGCCCGAGUUCACGGGCCCCACCUGUGGCAGGAAGCGCGCGCUAGGCCCCCAGCAGGUCACCCGUCUGCCCGGCGGGCACGGGCUGACCUACCGCCUGACCCCCGGGGUGCACGAGCUGCCAGUGCCGCAGCCGGAGCACCGCAUCCUCAAGGUGUCCAUGAAGGAACUCAACAAGAGUGCUCCCCUCCUCUCCGAGGGCCAGGCCAUCUGCUUCACCGUCCUGGGCGUGCUGACCAGUCUGGUGGUGCUGGGCACCGUGGGAAUCGUUUUCCUCAACAAGUGCGAGGCCUGGGUGUCCAACCUGCGCUACAACCGCGUACUUCGCAAGAAGAGGAACGUGCUCCUGCAGUACAACAGCGGGGAGGAUCUGGCCGUCAACAUCAUCUUCCCCGAGAAGAUCGACAUGACCACCUUCAGCAAGGAGGCGGGCGAAGACGACAUCUAA